AUGGCCUUUUCCUCGACUCUUUUUGCAAUAACACUUGUCAUUUUAUACAUUUGUUCUCUAACAACAUCAUCCAUUGUCACCUCCGAUGGAACAUUUAGCAUCAAUCUCAUCCAUCGCGACUCGAUAAAAUCUCCUUUUUUCGACCGUUCCAUGACCUAUUCGCAACGUAUUGGCAACACUUUGCAACGCUCUUUUAUCAACUCCAAACGUGCGAUGAAUGCAAAUCCCGGUCCAAAUAAUUUUCAAACCGACAUAAUCCCUGCCCACGGGGAAUUUCUAAUGAACAUUUCCAUUGGAAAUCCGCCACACGAAGUCAUGGCUAUUGCUGAUAGUGGUAGCGACUUAACGUGGAUACAAUGUGAACCUUGUAUCAAAUGUUACCAACAAAAAGCCAAACUUUUUAACCCGAAAAAUUCAUCAACUUAUAAGUCCAUUCCUUGUGAAUCUAAGAUUUGUUUGGUUGUAUCUCAACUUGAAAAACGUUGUUCUAGAACAAAAGAAUGUAGGUAUUCUACAAGUUAUUCUGACGGGACUGUUAGUGACGGAAUUGUCGCUAGUGAAAGUGUCACAAUAGGUGACAAAGUCGUCCCAAAUAUUAUUUUUGGUUGUGGUUUUCAUAAUGAUGGUAGUUUUAGAGAUACGUGGGGUGGAGUUGUCGGUCUUGGUGGUGGCGACGCCUCUUUAGUGUCACAACUCAUGGCUCUCGUGCCCGGUAAAUUCUCAUAUUGUCUAAUUCCGUUCCCUGAACCAGAUGAUUUGUCUGAAAAAUCGAGUAAAUUGACAUUCGGUAUCCAAGAGUUUGGUCCAAGUUUUGUUUCCACUCCACUUGUGUUACUAACCCCCAAAACAUAUUACCGUGUCACAUUUGAAGGGGUUAGUGUCAAUGGUCAGCGAUUUAACGUUGGCAACGAAUCAAAUCCGUCGCCAAUAGGAAACAUGAUCGUCGAUUCAGGGACAACGUUAACUAUGUUACCAACGAAAGUGUACAAUGAAGUUGAGGCCGCGAUUAGGAACGCCGUUAAUUUAAGAACGAUGAAGGACCCGCAAAAGGUUUUGAAGUUGUGUUAUCGUGCUACAAAAGUCACUAAGAUUCCUAAAGUCGUAAUGCACUUUGACGGGGCGGAUGUCGAGUUUACAAGACAAAAUAUAUUUGUAACUGUUAGUAAACAUAUUAUGUGCUUGGCAAUGGCACCGACCGAUGACCUUGCGGUUUAUGGAAAUUUGGCUCAGCAGAAUUUUAUGGUAGGUUACGAUUUAGAAAAGAAUACGAUGUCGUUUAAGCAGACUGAUUGUGAGAAGUUGUGA